AUGCCGUUGCUGACUAAUCUUCACGACGCGUGCUUGCUUCGCGUGGAAGUGGAAAGCGCGAGUUCCAGCUUGCGCCAGGGCGGCGGGCCCAAACGCUCCAAAGUUGCUUUGGCGCGCGAGAACGGCGGUUCAGUCAUUUCCGACGAUGAUGAGGAGAACAGCGACGAUGCCGGUCGAGCGUCAAGAGCGUCCCGCGGCAUCUCCGAAUUCGUGCAAGACGAAGAUGGCGAAAUCGACGACCUACGCGCCACCCAGAUCGUGGAGAAGCAGUUCCGCGGGCUCCGCGAGAACAUGGCUUCGGAACAGGGAAUCAUCGAGGAGGUCUACUGUCGCAAUUUCAUGUGUCACAGCAAGCUACGCAUCAAGCUCGGUCCGCUCAUCAACUUCAUCAUCGGCCAUAAUGGAAGCGGGAAGAGUGCGGUCCUCACCGCUCUCACCAUGUGUUUGGGAGGCAAAGCAACCGCCACGAACCGUGGUGCGAGCUUGAAGAAUCUGAUCAAAGAGGGGGAAGACAACGCGACUCUCGCUGUCAAGAUCAAGAACCAAGGCGAGGGUGCAUAUAAACCCGAGUUAUAUGGGGAGAGCAUCACGGUCGAGCGUCACUUCUCACGCAAUGGAGCAAGCGGGUUCAAGCUCAAGAACGACCAAGACAAGCCCAUCAGCUCCAAAAAGGCCGACCUAGACGACAUCCUCGAUUUCUUCGCCUUCCAACUCGACAAUCCUAUCAACGUCCUCACCCAAGACAUGGCCCGCCAGUUUCUAUCUAAUAGCACAUCCAGCGACAAGUACAAAUUCUUCAUCCGUGGCACGUGUCUCGAAGUGCUCGACGCAGACUACAAGCUCCUCGAGGAGUCCCUUGACGGCAUCAGUCACAAAUUGUAUGCUCGCGAACAAGACAUGAGCAUCCUCAAGAGCAAAUUCGAAGAAGCGGAAAGGAAGAAGCAGCGUGUGGAGCAGAUCAACACAAUCAAGCAGAAGAUCAAGGACCUACAACGCAUGCACGCGUGGGCACAAGUUGAAGAGCAGGAGCGGGACCUCGAGAAGUGCGAGGCUAGUGUUUCCGAGGCUGCGGACAGGGUGCAGGAGAAGAGGAAUGCCGCCGAGGACGUUGAUGGCGUCUAUGAGGGCCACAACCAAUCCUGGGAAGGUGCCAAACGAUCGCUUUCCGACUUUCAGACCCAGCUAGAGCCUGUCACUGAGAACCACAAGCUUGAAAAGGACGCCUUUGAUACCAACAAGGGAGAGCUUCUCAAGCUCAAAACUGAGGAGCGGACUAUGAAAGAGAACAUCACCAAGGCCAAGAGCGACGUCCGCAAAUACGAAAAGGCCGUCAAUGAGGAGAAGCAGCGCCUUGCUGAUGCCGAAGGUCCGGAGCAUGCUGCUCGGCUUGACCAACUGGAGACGUUGAAGCAUGCGGCCGAAGAGGCAAAGCUGGCACAGAUGGAGCAUGGUACAGGCAUCGCCGAGCUUGAAAGGAAAAGGGCUGAAUCCGAGAGGCAGCACGACGAGGCCAGACCUCAGCAAAAACAGCGUGAAGACGAGUUGAAACGACUUCAAACACGAUUGAACAAGGCGAAAGCAGAGCAGCAGUCACCAUUCGACGGGUACCGUCCCAAUAUGGAAAACCUUGUCCGUCAGAUCAACAGAGAGACUCGGUGGCGCUCGAAGCCCGUUGGCCCGGUCGGUCAUCACGUUAAGCUGCUCAAGCAGGAAUGGUCAUCACAUAUCGAGCGCACCUUCGGUGGUGUUUUGGAGUCUUUUGUCGUGACGAACAAAGAGGACGCGGAUCUGUUGAGUCAGAUCAUGUCGAGAGUCAAGUGCACUCCCGGCACUCUCAUCUGCACACCAGGAAGACUCGACACGACUGGCAAAGAGCCGCGAGCAGGCGUAGACACCAUUCUCCGAGUGUUGGAAAUCGACAACGAUGAUGUGCGCAAUCAGCUCAUCAUCAACCAGGCCAUCGAACAAACGGUUCUGAUCCAGGACCGGAAAGAAGCCUAUGACUUCGCCUACGCAGGUCCCCGCCCACAGAAUGUCAAGAGUGUGAUAUGCUGGGACGAUAACGACAAGCGAGCUGGCUGGCGUUUCGACUGGAGCAGAACAGGUGCCGCGAAAUCCAGUCCGGUUGCUAGAUGGGACGUCCCACGGAUGCAGUCGAAUCGCUCCGAACAGAUUGCAUCUGCCCAGCAAGAUGUGGAGCAAGCUGGCCGAGAUGUCACAGCCAUCCAGGCGCAAGUCAAACAGUUGCAAAACGCCGCUGUCAAGGCAAAGCAAGAUGUCGUUGCCUUUCAGAGACGCCAGAAAGACCUUCUGGUUGCCUCUCAGCGCGCCGAGGAUGCGGUCGUGGCCAAGCAAGAGGAGAUUGAUGCCAGUCGCCCGCAGCAUGGCAAACUGCAAGAGCUUGAGCAUCAGCUCUCGGAAGCUAAAGGCGAGCACGAGGCGGGACAAGCAUCCUACAUCGACAUGGUCAAUGCGAUGGACCGCUUGAAUGAGAUCGCGAAGGAGAUCAAGACGCGCCUGGAUGCGGCGCAAGCCGAGCUCGAUCAAGCGAACAAGCGAGUUGUCAGUGCCGAGAAGCGUGUGCACCAGACCGAGCUCGCUCGCCAGAACGCCCUGAGAGAGAAGAAUCUCGCACAUCAGCACAUUGCCGAUGCGCAGGAGGAACAGGACGGUGCCGAAAAGCGGCGAGACACGCAACGCAAUCAAGUUGAGUUGUUCAUCGGUGAAGCCUCGAGGAUUGCCGAGAGGAUGCCGGUUGAAAGAGGUCUCACUGCUACUGCCAUUGAUCAGCGGCUCGACAAGCUGGUGAAAGACAAGGACCGAGCGAUGAAGGAGAUGGGCGGGUCGGAGGAAGAGCUCAACACGGCGUAUUUGGUGGCGCGAAAGGAGUACGAGGAUGGCAUGAAGACCUUGAAAGAUAUGAGCAAGGUCGCCGACACGCUCCGACGAUCGCUGGAGUACCGUUACCGCCGUUGGGGUCUUUUCCGCUCCUUGAUCUCGUGUCGUGCGCGCAUCAACUUCGGCUACCUCCUCAGCGAGCGCCAAUUCCGCGGCCGCGUGCUCAUCGACCACGCCAACAAGCUCCUCGAAAUCCGCGUCGAGCCCGACCUCUCCAAAACCUCCGACGCAGGCCGCGUAACCAAAACCCUCAGCGGAGGCGAAAAGUCCUUCUCCACCAUCUGCCUCUUGCUUUCAAUCUGGGAGGCCAUGGGCUCGCCGAUCCGCUGCCUCGAUGAAUUCGACGUGUUUAUGGACUCGGUGAAUCGCGCGCAGAGUAUGAGCAUGAUGAUUGCGGCCGCGAGGCGCUCGGUGGGCAGGCAGUUCAUCCUCAUCACGCCGCAGAGUAUGAACCAUGUGGACUUGGGGGACGAUGUGAGGGUGCAUAAGAUGAGUGAUCCCGAAAGGGGCCAGACUGUGUUGCCGUUUGGGGCGACGCAGACUUAG